CAUUUAGACUUUCCUCCCCUCCCCGUCGCUACUCUGCCCGAGACUCCAAACUUGCCUUCCGACCCUCGCCGAUCUCCCGCCAUGGCUUCCGAGAAGAAGCUGUCGAACCCGAUGAGGGAGAUCAAGGUCCAGAAGCUCGUCCUUAACAUAUCCGUCGGUGAGAGCGGUGACCGCCUUACAAGGGCCGCCAAGGUCUUGGAGCAGCUAAGCGGGCAGACACCGGUGUUCUCAAAGGCACGAUACACUGUGAGGUCCUUUGGGAUCAGGCGUAACGAAAAGAUUGCUUGCUAUGUCACGGUCAGGGGUGACAAGGCGAUGCAGCUCCUGGAGAGUGGACUGAAGGUGAAGGAGUACGAGCUGCUGAGGAGAAACUUCAGCGAUACUGGCUGUUUUGGUUUUGGUAUACAGGAGCAUAUCGAUCUUGGAAUCAAGUAUGAUCCCUCGACCGGUAUCUACGGGAUGGAUUUCUUUGUGGUCUUGGAACGCGCAGGUUACCGGGUAGCUCGUCGUCGCCGAUGCAAGUCACGUGUAGGAAUUCAGCAUAGGGUUACCAAGGAGGACGCAAUGAAGUGGUUCCAGGUCAAGUAUGAGGGUGUCAUCCUCAACAAGUCCCAGACAACCACUGGUUAAGAUUCAUGAUAGCCCAGAACAUUAUCUUUGAUCUUGCCUUUGCCAGCAGAGUUUAGUGGUUCCAUCGAACUCAAUUGCUUUUACAAUUUGCAAUCUCUACUCGAGUAUUUUGAUCCUGAAGGAGUUGGCAAACUUCAUUUUAGUUCAGUAAUUAAUGGAAUUGCUUCAAGUCUGUAAUCUUACUAUAUCAAACUGGAAUGUUAGCGUGGUCAGUAAUUAUUGGCUUGAUUGAAAGUUGCUAAAACCAAUAAGUGUCAA